AAAAAACAUUUGUCUCAGAGAAUCUUGUCAGGAAGAAAGAAAGUGAUAAUAACUCCCUCUUCUUCCUCCUCUCAAUUUCACAACUCUCUAAUCCAAAUCCAAAUUAUUUCCAUCUCAACAGCAAAAACCCACUCACCCACUCUCUCCAGUUUCUGCAUCAUUCCUCUGAAUCUAAAAAAAAAAAAACCAUGGAAAUCCCAGAGAAACUAAUGAAGUUGAAGUACUACAUAAUCUUUUCAUCCCUAAUCUCUCUAUCAUUUCUUUCUCUGGUUCUGUUAGCUCCAAGAUUUCUUACGAUUGUCUCAUACUUUUGGCCUUUGUUUGUAUCAACUGCUCUUUUUCUCUUCACUGUUGUUUUCUUUGCAAAGGUUUCACCUUUGAGUACAUCUUCUGAAAUUGAUGAUGAUCAGUCUUUAUUAUCUUGUGCUGAAAAAGCUGGUGAAGGGUUAUUAGAUUAUGUUGCUGCUCCUCAAGUAUGUUUAGAAACCAUAGAUGAUGAUGAUACUGAUGAAGAUGAAGAUGAAGAAAAUGAAAUUGAUGAAACAGAUCAAACCCCAGUUGAAGAUACAAAGUCUAUUAAGAAAUCAGAUCAUAUUAAUUUAGAAUCAGUAGCUCAAGGAAGUGAAAUCAAAUUGAUGUAAUUUUUAGUUUUGUCUUAAUUUUUCCAUUCAGAGGUUUUCAGGUCAGUUUAAUUAAAGGAAUCUGAACCCUGAAAAGGCCAUGAAUAACGCAAAAUAAAUGUAAAUUUCGAGUAUGAAUGAUAAUAAUAUCAAACAAUUUUAGUCGA